GGUACUGUCGGGUGAGGGGUCACAAAUUGAGACAGACUCCUCUCGUUUGCAUAUACUAUUUCCCCACUGCAUAGCGAAAGACAACAUGACCCCGCAUCCUUCACCCUCUACUCGUUAACUUAACCGUCCGCCUUCAACCCAGGACUUAUUUACUAUAGCGGAGUUGAGUGGACCGCUACUUUUUUUUUGCCACUUUUAAUUAUCUGCCCUGUCCGACCAGCCGGCUGCAGCUGUCUCCCUUCAGCAACGGGAGAGGUCCAGCCGAGCUGAACUUCGCUGAGCCAUGCGACAGUGGUGUGUCCCCGUUGCGACCCCACGCACUGAACCACUCCCGGGGCGCCUGUCCGUGUCACCCCCUCCAUCAGAUGCCAGAAUGGAGUGCUGUGAGGUGGAGCCCCGCUACACCAUCGAGCAGAUUGACCUCCUGCAGCGCCUGCGACUGUCCGGCAUGACCAAACCUCAGAUCAUCCACGCUUUGGAGUCCCUGGAGAGGCUGGACCCCGACCACCGCCCGUCCCACUGUGACUCUCACCCGGCCCCUUCCAACAACGCCCCCGCCACUGCCGCCCCAGCCCCGUCCUCGUCGUCAUCAUCCUCCGCCUCCUCGCUCUCCCUGGCCUCAGCAACCACGCAGACCUCCGGCCUGGACGGCGCCGCGCUGUCCCCGAGCAACAGCUUCGAGGCCUCUCCCCCACCCCUCUAUCCUCCCACUGUGGCAGUUCAGCGGUCUUUCAGCUACGACAUGAUGGGGGAGGAGGAUUGGGACCUGGAGGAAAAGGUGGAGGAGUACAUGAGGAGAGACAGCAACCUGGUGAAAGAAGAGAUUAAAACUUUCCUGAACAACCGCAGGAUCUCUCAGGCAAUCGUGGGCCAAGUUACAGGCAUCAGCCAGAGCUACAUUUCUCAGUGGCUGCUGCAGCAGGGCCUGGAGAUGAGCGACUCCAAGCGCAGAGCUUUCUACCGCUGGUACCUGCUGGAGAGGAACAACCCAGGGCUGAGGUGGAGUGAAAGCCAGCACAGCGUGAGUCCCAGGGCCAGGGGAGGGGACAGAGACGGGACGGUAGCAGGGGCAAGCAGCAGCCUCCCCAACAUCCUCCCCAAUCCCAACACCAACCUCAACCCCAACCCAUCGUGGAGCAGGCAGAGAGAGCUGCUGAUGCACUUGCUGCCGUGGUACACUGCUGCAGCCGCAGCUGCCCAAGCCCAGCCAGGUGCUACCUUAUCAAUGCGUUCUUUGGUGAAGGAAGAGCCUGACUGGAGGACGGGGAUCAUGACAGGCGAGAGAGCAGGGAUAGUGGGCGGUCCACUGAGGCUGCGCAGAGGAAGCCGUUUCACCUGGAGAAAGGAAUGCCAAUCAAUUAUGGAGAGCUUCUUCAUGGAGAACCAGUAUCCAGAUGAGGCGAAGCGGGAGGAGAUCGCCAACGCCUGCAACUCCGUCAUCCAGAAACCAGGCUGUAAACUGUCAGAGUUUGAGCGUGUGACAGCGCUGAAGGUUUACAACUGGUUCGCCAAUCGUCGGAAGGAGAUGAAGAGGAGAGCGAAUAUAGAAGCUGCCAUUUUGGAAAGCCAUGGGAUCGAGGUACCAAGUCCAAGCUGCCACUCGAAUGGGGAGGAAGGAGAGAUGCAGGAGUUCACGGAUCAGGUGACUCAUCGAUUCUCAGAGCAAGAAGACACGUCUUCCCAGAGGAUUGUCGACCAACAGGAUCCCGCCUCGCUUGCUUCUACGGAGGUGGCAGCCUUGCCGAGCCCCCGCCCUCAGGUUCUGGAACAGAAAGAAGAGGAUUCAAAAAGGGAGAGUGUGGAUGAAGAGUGACUGAAGUCGGGCACGUCUGUGUUCGAAUUUUAAUCAGAUGAAAUAGGGAAACAUUAAGUGUCUCCUGCUCCACCAAUGCAGGGCCUUUUCGGGCCUGAGUCACCCAAAUAUGAAAGGGAGGAGGGUGCAGAAGCUCGCUGAGGUGCCUCAGAUGGUAAGGAGGCCACUGUAUUUAUCAACAGUAAUCCUGCUUAUAUUAACGGCAAUAUACAGUAUAUAAAUAUCUAAAUAUAUAUAUCGAUAUAUAUAGUGCAUUCCAAGAUGGUAUUAAAAAGCCUAAAUUCCUUAGAGGGAGAAUCAUGUAAGUGAUACCUCGCCUAUUUUAAGCUAAGCGUUUUCUGUUUUUGUGCUCCAUGCCUUCUUUGAGCUUUGUUUUUUAAAGGGUGGCUGUUUGAUGGACUGUGGUGACGGGAAUGUGCUGAGCCUGCAGGUCGGGUGUGUUGGGGUGGUGGGGAUAAAGCGCGACAUCAAGGAUCUAGCGUGCGGCGAAACAAACGCCCUCUGUUUUCUUGAACGUCUUGACCUCUUCCCCCCCUCCCUACAUCUGAUCCGUAAGACUGCAACCUCAAUCAAUCAAUCGAUUGAUUCAAUCAGUCGAUCAAUCAAGGAGUGCUGUUGCCAUCAAAAGCCCUGAGGGACAACCGGAAUCUCAGGUAAUCCCAAAAAUCGUGGAUAAAGGCGGUGAAGAGUUGCACCAGGUUUCUUUCGUGUCUUAACGUGUGCUUCGUUUUCUUCGUCUUAACUGUUUAACCGAAACAGGAAGUGUUAUUUAUACCUUUUGAUAUUAGCCAGACAUGCCUAGGACUAAGUAUCACACUCUCUGUCUUCUUUCUUAUAUUUAAUGCUGCUGUCUCCAACCUCAGCCAGUGAAGCUAGACUAGAAACAUAAAGUCUACUCAGUUUUUUUUUUCUUGUUUCUUUUUUAUCGUUUGAAAGAACGCUAAAACAAAUGUGAUCAAAAAUCAUUGUGCGACAACAUAAAUGCUACAAGUUACCCUCACUUUCUAUUGGGAUAAGCUAAAGCUCGAGCUUGUAAAUUUCUCAGACUGCAAAGCUGCACUUCGGAGUGAAUCUUACUGGAAUUGUGUUCGAGGAGCUCUCCGACAUGUACAUAACCCAGAAAAAAAAAUCCCACACCUAUGGGUGCUUUCCUUUCAGUCCAUUAGCAGUAUAUAGAAACUUAUUUGUCAGACUUGAAAUAUGAAUAGCUGAACUUUGCAUUACAUAGUCCCUCAUAUAUUCACUGGCCUAAGGCCUUGGAAGUUACCUCCUCGAUGUUCAUUUAAUGAACAAAAACUCAUGUUCUCAAAUUGCGGGUGGGGGCGGCUACCAUUUUACCUCCUAAUGCCAAAGCUAUGCCACGGUAGAGAAACCAGGAAGUGAUGGUCACAACACUAUAGCUAUACAAUAGAUAGGUUUAUUUGCUCAGUACAACACUAGCCAACUCAAGCUUACCUCAGAGUUCCUGUGCGACAGGCGUGCACGACGGGUUUAGUGUCACGAAGCUUCGACAGCAGCCCUCAUUGUGACUGUUUAUGAUAUGGACAGUGUCAUGUAGCAUUUAUGGCGCUGGGGUUUGCCCUGUGUUGAUAAUGUAUACUCACCUCAGACAGUUCCCUCGUCCAGCUUUGGACAGGAAAGCUGCACGCCAUUAUGAUUAUAAUGCUCCUCUCUCUAUCUCUCUGCUUUUAUCUGACAAGGGAAACCAGUAACGAUAAUAAAAUUGUACACAACCA